AUGUUCAACGCAAGCCAUCCGACCAUCGACAUUAUAGCCGAUCGGACUGCACAUGCUAUUGAGGAGCCACCGGGUGCGAUCCUCGUCGGCGUAUUUAUACAGUUUUUCUUCCAGGGUAUCAUCGUCAUCGAAGCUGGGCAGUACUACGAGCGCGAGUGUUGUGCGCGCUUAGUGUUCAAUUCUUUGGGAAGUGCACAGACGGCAUUCGAAGGAUACAUAGCUUGGAAAGCAAAUGUGGAAAGUAGGAUGCUGUUGAUGAUUCCGCGAGCAUGGUUCGCGAUUUUUCUCAACGGUUUCAUCAGCGGAAUAAACAAGCUCUUCCUCCUCCGACGUUGCUGGCGAGUUACAAAAGGAAGCUGGUGGAUAUUCGUGUUGUUCGCGUUCACGAUAACCACAUACGUCGCGAAUAUCUUGAUCGCGGUGGCUUUUUCACGUCUGGGCGUCGUCAGUCCCAAGCCUAGCGAUGUCGUUCUGAGCGUCAUCUCAUUUUCGUAUUGGACUACGGCGGUACUCGUGCUCGAUGUCAUUCUCUCUUCGCUUUUUUCUUAUGGAAAAACAAAACCGGCGUACACCAUCUCGACAGAGCACUCUUGCGGUUUUGCGCUGUCGCCACAGAAUCUGCAGUCUGGCCAUCGUUAUGUGUUGCCUGUUUCCGCAGGACUGUUCUUCUCGCAUAACGCAAACGCCAACCGCCUCGUUUUCGUAUUCCUGCUUCAAACCGGAAAACUCUACACCUUGUCAAUCCUCCGCACAUUAAACGCAAAAGUUCGACUACGGGAAAGAAUGAAAUCAGACGAUUUUGCGCGAGGGUCGUUAGGAAACUGGUCUUGGCGACAGGCUGACUCGGGAGUGGAUCAUGAGAUGUCUGUGUCUGCAGUAGUGACACGAGCGAUCGUCGUUCCGGGCGGCAACGAGUGGACGCCCGUUGUCGAUCUCGAUUGGGCCGUCGGAGAGAAGUGUUGUGGGUAG